UGUGUUGUACUUUGUUUUAGCCAAGUUCCAAUGGUCCUGUAAAGAAGUCCAUGCGUGAGAAGGCUGUUGAGAGGAGGAAUGUCAAUAAAGAGCACAAUAGUAACUUCAAAGCCGGAUAUAUUCCGAUUGAUGAAGAUCGCCUCCAUAAAACAGGCUUGAGAGGGAGAAAGGGCAACUUAGCCAUCUGUGUGAUUGUCCUCUUGUUCAUCCUGGCUGUCAUCAACUUAAUUAUAACACUUGUUAUCUGGGCUGUGAUUCGCAUUGGACCGAAUGGCUGUGACAGCAUGGAGUUUCAUGAAAGUGGUCUGCUGCGAUUUAAGCAAGUAUCUGACAUGGGAGUUAUACAUCCUCUUUAUAAGAGCACAGUAGGAGGAAGGCGAAAUGAGAAUUUGGUCAUCACUGGCAACAACCAGCCUAUUGUUUUUCAGCAAGGGACAACAAAACUCAGUGUGGAACAGAACAAAACCUCUGUUACAAGUGACAUUGGAAUGCAGUUUUUCGACCCAAGAACUCAAAAUAUUUUAUUCAGCACAGACUAUGAAACUCAUGAGUUUCAUUUGCCAAGUGGAGUGAAAAGUUUGAAUGUUCAAAAGGCAUCUACUGAAAGGAUUACCAGCAAUGCUACUAGUGAUUUAAAUAUAAAAGUUGAUGGACGUGCUAUAGUGCGUGGAAAUGAAGGAGUGUUCAUUAUGGGCAAAACCAUUGAAUUUCACAUGGGUGGUAAUAUGGAGUUAAAAGCAGAAAACAGCAUCAUCCUAAAUGGAACUGUGGUGGUUAGCACAACUCGCCUACCUAGUUCCUCCAGUGGGGACCAGUUUGGUGCUGGCGAAUGGGUGCGCUACAAGCUCUGUAUGUGUGCCGACGGGACUCUCUUCAAAGUACAAGUAACGGGCCAGAACAUGGGCUGCCAAGUCUCAGACCACCCCUGUGGGAACACUCAUUAGAAGAACCUGAGCAGUCUUCAAUACGUUCAUAUCUUGACUUCACCCUUUUUUUAAGAGUAUGCAUGCAAUUAUGUUUUUACAGAGUUUGUGAGAGCUGGUAAUUAUUUUAUCUGCAGAGCACUACUGUAUCUGUUAUAUAAUCUCCAUAUUUUAAAUAUUCUCAGAGAGCCUAAAUUCUGAUACACCUUUCAUUAAGUUGCACUGAUCUUCAAGUUAACGUUUUCUAAAAUAAUUAUCAGAAGUGAAUAGAAUCCAAAUUAAUCUUUAAAAAAGUGUUUUUAAAGUUCCACUAUUAUUCCUUGUCUAAAAGAUAAAGGGCUGAAGCGACUGUUUAGGUUCACUGUAAGUAAGCUUUUGGUAACCACUGGGCAUAGACCCACUUAAGAUGUUUAAAAAGUACACUGUCAAUAAGUGUUACAUGCACUGUCUUUUGGCUUCUAAGAGGAAUGACAGAUUUUUAGCACAUUAACUUUCAGCCGUAUUCUCACAUGCAAGUGAAAUCAUUAAAGAACUUCACGUAUGUGAGAUAGUAAGAGACUAUGGUUUCUUAGUUUUGCACUAAGAAGAAAACUCUCUGUAAUAGGAUGUUUACUUGUUAUAUAUUAAUAAAUACUAAGUGUUCACAAUGUGGUAGAAAUUAAAAUACCAUCCUAGCUUUAACUUUGAGAUAAUGACAGCUGCUGUUUAUUAAGCAUCUUAUUUACCCUACGCGUUAUCCUAGUGUUGCAUGUGUACUCUCUCCGAUUCUCGCCCAAGCUAUGUAAAUAGGUUUAUUAUCCAAUUUCACCAUUAGGAAACUGAGGAUCAGAAAGUUAAGAAACUUGCCUGAUACCAUGUAGAAAAUAGUAGAGUUGGGAUUCAAACCCAGAUACACCUGCUUCCAAAUACCUCGUUAUUUUCACUGUCUGCAUUGGUCUUAAUUAUUUAAAACUCUACAAAGAUGAACAAAGACUAAUUCAGACUUACAGAUAACAAACAAACAGCAGGUAUGCUUACUCGGGUUUAAAAAAUAAACCAUCAAUCUCGUGUCAAUAAAAGGCCAAUCCCUGUCAGAUUUUUAAACUGUCCUAAGCCAGAUCCAAAAUGUUAUACAUAGAGAGGGCCAGUUGGCCUAGUUAUGGGUUACCCAGUUCCCUCCUGAUGGUCCGUGGCACACAGCAGUACCUGAAUUGGGGGAAAGGGUUGCCAAAAUAUUUAUACCUUAAUUGGGGGAAAGGGUUGCCAAAAUAUUUAUACCUUCAGCCCUCGGGGCAACACAGUAAGAAGUGGGGAGGCCAUGGCCCCAGGCAAGUCCCGCUGGCCAGGAAUGGCCUGGUGGGUUCUCCCCAGUGUGCACCAUACAAAUACUAUUUUUAAUGUGUGCCAUGGCUUGAAAAAAGUUGGGAAGCACUGGACUAGAGGGUGCUAAUGCAGAAAAUAAUACAAGUAAUUUUUUAAGUAUGAGAAUUGAUCUCUGCUCUAAUAUCACCAUCCCACUGUAAUGAUUUACAACCCUUAAGUCAGUGAUUAAUGUGUUUUAUAUUCCACUUGAAAGGCACUCCCUGGUAUUAUUAAGACACACACAGAAUCAGGGACAGAGACUUUGAAGUAGUGUACUGUAAAGGAGGCAGUAGUGAUAAGUCACGGGCCCCCGCCUGCAUCAGGUAUAACAGCAUUCUGUCAUGGUCGCUUUGAGCUGUGUGGAUAGGAAACCAAUACAAAAACAAUUUGCAUUCAGUAUGUUACAGUUCUCUCUGAUAGAACAACCAAAUGCCUUAGAGAUUAGGAAUAGUGUACUAAAGUAUACUAAAACAGAGAUUCACUAGCUAUACAAGACUGAGUGCAGUUUUUAAAUGAAGAAAAAAGUGAAAUUUAUGACCUCUGAGUGUUAACAGUUGCAGUGAUAUUCAGAACCUAUUUUAAUAUAUUCAGUAUCACUUAAUAGCUGAAUGAUAUUCAGAAAAAAAAUCAUUGAAAUUUUUUUUCAGAUGCUCAGUAUAUUUUUAAAUUUUACAUUCAUUAUUGAUCUGCAUUUAGAUUUGGUUUAAACAUUUAAGUAUUUUUAUAAAAACUACAGAAUACUAUGUUGCAAUGCAUUAUUUAUUGAAUAUAAUGCAUGCAGUAAUCUAUUUUUACUCCUCUUUGAGAAAUACUUGUGUUUUUGAUACAUCUCCAUGAACUGCUUUUGACUUGAGAGGAUAUUUUGAUGUUCUCAUAGAACUGAUUGUUAAGGUAGCAAGUAUGGUAUUUGAGGACACUUCGAAGGUCGUCCAUGCCUUUUUACUGAAGUGUAGACGUGGAAAAUUCAUUGGAAGGCAGAUUAGGAACAAACAAACCAUCCUUUUUACCUGUGACCUAUUUUGCAUAACAGGAAAGCUUCAGCUACUCGAUCUCACCACCAGAUGGUAUUUUUCUAUAAACUGUAAUGUUCACAUUCCUCUUUCUGCCAGCUGUUCCUCCCCUACUCUGAGCACUGCUGUGACAAGCAGCAGGCUAGGGGGAGGUAGCUAGGACAGUACUUCAGAGGUGGAUUGCAAUGGUCAGGGGGACACAUGAAAUAAAAGCAAGAUACAUUAGAGAGCAGGUAGGAAAAUGCACAUGACACAAGGCGGGACUGUCUAUAUAUGGUCUGUAAUAUUUAAAAAUAUACUUAUUUGUAUUCUUUUGCAUUAUGAAAAAACAAAUUUUGUAUACUAGCUUUGAUGAUGAAUGGUGGAAGUUCUACCUAGUUUUGAAUGAGUUUUUAGAGGGUAAGAAUGUUCUGGUGCUAAACUCGACAAAGAUGAGACCAUUGAUAUGCUGAUAACUUUAGCAGCCUUUUAAAAAGUGCUGCAGGACAAAGAUGACAAAUUAUGCCAAACACAAAUAAACCUAUGAAUCUGACUCUGAUUGCUAACUUUUUGAGUUUCAGUCAAUUCAUUUUGUAACCAGGAUUAAUGACCUCUGUUUACAAUAAAGAUUCUGUCAACUGUU